AUGCAAUUACUGCGUGGCGAUCGUGGAGACACCAGCAGCACUUCUUCCAGGAGCUAUGGAGGCUUCGGAGCCUCAGAGCCCCGGCUCUUCGAGUUCAGCGAGCGGGGUCGCUCCGUGGCGCCCAGGUGCAUCGAGAUGAGCAAGCAGCACCCGGAGGAGUUCCUCAACUAUCUCCAGCAGGCCUGGAAGAGGGACAAGAUCUACGCCAAGGAGAACCCAGACUCCAUGUUCGACAUCAAGGCCAUCCGCGUGCUGUGCCAGGAUGGCAAGUUUAGGCCGCUGGGCAACUCGUAUAUCCCGCUGCCCAAGCUGCACUACCUCCGGAAUCGAUAUAUGCUGGAAGGAGAGCCCUUCCCGUUUCUCAGACUUGAGCCGCCGAUACGGUCCGAGGGCGGGUUUGGGCAGUGGAGGUGUCUGAGGGCGUUUGCCAAGUAUCAUGAUGAUCUAGAUUUCUUUCUCGAGAUGUUGGUGCGGAUACGACGAACGAAGGCGUCGACGGUUGAAUUUCCUCGUCGCAUUUUGGAACUCUACCUUCGGAUACAAGCAGAGUGUGAAGACUCCAAAGAUCCUGCGGCGAGUCAACAAAAAGUCAGGAACACGUUUGAGAAAGAGCAGCUAGUCUACGUCCAUCCAAUAUGGAGACCGCUCAGCGAAUGCUUGUUGGAAGAUACAUGCGAGAUAUCCAGCACACUGUCAAAGUCACCCGUCUUUCCCGUGCCGUCAGAUUGGGACGCCAGCAAGUCAGAGCUCGUGUCAUUACGAGAGUUUUACACACAGACGCUACGGCUUCAGAAUGCGAGCUACAAAACAAUCGUCGAUGUCUUGGAGAAGCGCGACUUUGAUGCGGAGCUCGACCCUGCGGAUCUUUGGUUGACGGAUGAGUUGUAUCGGGCACUGGAUAAGAUGAGACUGGAUCUCUCACCGGACGAUGCCGCUGAUCUCAAACUUGCGUUUGCUGAAAAAGCCAUCAUCGCCAUCGCACCGGGUGAAUCCGUGACAUGGCUCAACGGCGCCGACUGCACAUGGUCACCGAAACUCGAGAGCCCCGAAAUCAACGAUCUGAGCAAACACUACCCCGAACUCCACGACUUCUUCGUCAACUUUCUCGACGUGAAACAGAACGACUCCGGUCUCAUCUUCGACACCCUCAUGAACGUCUCAUCACUGAGUCCCGAUUGUUCGCGCGACAACACAGCUAGAGGUCUCCUCGUCGCCGUGAGUCAACGGAUACCAGAGUUUGGUCACAUCUUUGACAAAGAGCGGUUUUCGAGGAGUAACGUCUUUCCUGUUUCGACGGCGGAUGGUGUUUUGUUGUGUGCUUCGACGAUGGAGUUUUCUGUUGCGGAUCGACAGAAUUUGAAGGAGGCUUUCACGGGGAAACUGAACCUGUUGGAUUUUGAUCCCAAGACUGUUUGGAUGCUUGACAACUUGCUCGUCUGGGCUGGUCUUGAUUCACGGUACCUUUCAAAACACGUUGAAGACCAAGGCCCAGCGGAUGAGAACUUUAAAUCAAUCGAACUCCCUUACGAGCUCUCCUCAAAAGCCGACCAACUCCUCCGCAUCGCCGUUCACUUCAAAAGCCCCCGAACAUCCACCCCAAAAGCAACAUCCUGGCUCCGCGAAACCCUCGAACACUCCGAAGUCCGCCUCGCGUCGGGCUUCCAAUCACAGCUCAUCUACCGCUCCGGCAGCGCCUUCAUAACGGCCGCCAACCCCAUGGGCGGCCUCGACAUCAAAGACACAGUCGGCUUCACCGUGUACGCCGACGACGAGAAUUGGGAAAUCCUGAAACAGACAGUGCUCCCCCGUCGGCUGCUCGAGUGGAUCAUGACGGACCCCGAGACGAACAUCGUAGGUUCUGUGCCUGAACAGGCUGUCAGCCUAGUACGAAGUAUUUUGAACAUACCCGUUGGUCGUGAACAUGUCAUCCCCAAGAUUCUGGAUGCAGAGGGGAUUGUGGAUUUGGAAUUGUUGGAGGCGUCGCCGUACUGGCGUGUAAAUAGUGAACGUGUACCAGACACAACCAUAACCACAAAAUCCGACAAACUACGACCCGCCAAGACCCUCGACGACGAAGACGACGACGAACCCUCACCGGCCUACACGCAGGGAGAAUCCUACCACGCAAGGGAAGGCCUAGCCGACAGCAAGACGACCUAUGCUGCACCAGGAAUGACGACGACAUACGGUGAACAAACAGGCAAGAUCAACGGAAUGACGACCAAAGCGGGCGAUUUAACAAAGGACACGAAACAAGACGCACUGCGCGAUAGACUCCCGAUAUCGAAACGAGGUUUAGAAAGAAGGCACUCUGAGAAGUCUGCUUGGGAGGAGGAGUUUGUGGCGAAUGAAGCGACGCUGAUUGAUUUCUCGGGGGAAGAUGUAUACGGGAUAGAUUGA